GCUGCUCACAAAGUCGGUGGGGUGGGGGUGGGGAAGAGGGCGAGAGCAAGGAACCUCUUUCUCUCUCCCCCGCCCCUGCCAUCCUUACUCACUAAGGUUUUCUAGAGUACUAUGCUCUUACUCGCAACUUGCAACAUUUAAGCUUUCCAUCCCUAAUCUUCAGUCGGGUUUUGAUCUUCCCACCCUCGUUUUCUUUUUCCUUACUCCUCUUUUUCUUUUGCCUCCUCUCCCAGUCCUAUCGCCAUCCCUAGGGUUCUACCAAUCACAUCCUUGUACUGUGAUUUAAGGGUAUAUCCUCUUUAGCUGAGAGGAGAGCUCUGCACUCACUGCCAUAUGUUUAUUAGUUAUGAACUGAAUAAGGGAAGGCUUGACUUCCUGGGUCAUGGGAGUGAAGGAGUCUGGGUGACAGGAAGCAAGCGGCCUGUCAUGCCUAUUGCCUAGCUGCCAGAUUAACCUUGUCUUCAAAAUAGCGUGAUUGCCCCAUAGGCUACUCAGUAUAAGGAAGACAAAAAUUCUCUGGGAACCUACUUAGUGGGUCUGCCUUCCAGAUUUGGUAGACGCAAAAAGCAAAGGGGGAACAUGGGCAAAGGAAGAUUUGAUGAAAAAGAAAACGUGUCUAACUGCAUCCAGUUGAAAACCUCAGUUAUAAAGGGUAUUAAGAACCAAUUGAUAGAGCAAUUUCCAGGUAUUGAACCAUGGCUUAAUCAAAUCAUGCCUAAGAAAGAUCCUGUCAAAAUGGUUCGAUGCCAUGAACAUAUAGAAAUCCUUACAGUAAAUGGAGAAUUACUGUUUUUUAGACAAAGAGAAGGGCCUUUUUAUCCAACCCUAAGGUUACUUCACAAAUAUCCUUUUAUCCUGCCACACCAGCAGGUUGAUAAAGGAGCCAUCAAAUUUGUUCUCAGUGGAGCAAAUAUCAUGUGUCCAGGCUUAACUUCUCCUGGAGCUCAACUUUACCCUGCUGCAGUAGAUACAGUUGUUGCAAUCAUGGCAGAAGGAAAACAGCAUGCUCUGUGUGUUGGAGUCAUGAAGAUGUCUGCAGAAGAUAUUGAGAAAGUCAACAAAGGAAUUGGCAUUGAAAAUAUCCAUUAUUUAAAUGAUGGGCUGUGGCAUAUGAAGACAUAUAAAUGAGCCUCAGAAGGAAUGCACAUGGCUAAAUAUGGAUAUUGUGCUGUAUCUGUGUUUGUGUGUGUGACAGCAUGAAGACAGUACCUCUGUGGUUAUGCUGAAUAAAUUCAACAGAUGCUAAAAUUCUGUUAGCUUCAAAAAUUAUUUUAAUUUUUCUUAAAGUCCAGUUAAAAUUGGGUAGCAGACUUGGACAUUAAGAGGUAUCUGGUAAGUAAUCAAACUCAGACAACUUAAUGUCCUUUCUUAGGCCAAUAAUGUAAAAUUGAAGGGCAGGACUUGGUAGAUGAACCUGCCGACCUCCCAGAGAAUCUGGCUACUUAAUGGGGCUGGAAGCUGGACUGGGAAUUUUCUCCUAUUACCCUAGAAAUGCCUCUUCUCUUUUGUGUGUGUUUUUUGUUUGUUUGGUUGUCAUUUUUAAACUUUUCAUUAUGGAAAAUUCCAAGCAUAUGUAAAAGUACGUGGGGAAUAGUAGUAUAAUGGACCUUUUCUGUAUCCGUCACCCAGCUUCAAUUCAUGGCAAAUCUUACUUCAUCUAUAUCUCAUUUACUCCUUCCCCACCCCACUCCCUGAUUAUUUUGAAGCAAAUCCCAGAUAUCUCAUUUUAUCCACAGUAACUUAAAUAUGUAUCUUUAAAAGCUAAAUUUUUUAAAAAACAUCAUUACACCUAAAAUAUCGUUAUCACACCCCAAAAAAGAACUAUUUCUUAAUAUGAUCAAAUAUCUUGUUUAAAUAUGUGACAAAUGAACUUGAUUGCCUCUCUUUUUCAUUUUUUUAACCAUUCGUUUGCUUGAAAUUGGUACCAGACAAGGUCCAUAUAUUGCAUUUAGUUGUUAUUUAUUUAAGUCUCUUAAUCUAGAAGGUCUCCCUUUGUAUUUUCCCUUUAAAUUAAUUAUUGAAGGAAUCUGGUUGUUUUGUCUUACAGAGUUUUCUCCCACAUUCUGGAUUUUGUUGAUUGUAUCGCUGUAAAGUAAUUUAACUUGUUUUUAUGUCCCCUGUAUGACCUGUACACAGAUAGGCUUGAAGAGAUUCAGGUUCAAUUUAUUUAGCGCCCUGGCCUGAAGCUGGGUAAACUCAUACUACACAGAUGCCCAGAACUUCCAGAUUUGGGUCCUUACUGUAUUCCCCCAAAGAGCGUGUAUGUCCUAUCCUAAGUGGCAUAUGAAGGCCAUGGACUUAUUUCAGUAAGAACAGUAAGCUCUUUUGGGAGUUAAAGGAGCAGUUAUGAAUUUACAUAGCGACAAUAGGCAUUUCUUCCUAAUAACCUCGCUGUUCUAGUGUCUCAGCCAUUUUCAUUUGGUUGUUUACAAAUAUGUGACAUGUGGUUUUAUUUUUCAGAUGGAUACAGACAUUUACAAGAUUGUGGUGACCUGUGUUACAGUUAGAAGUUGGUGAGAAAGGUGAGGGUGGAUAGUAAAAAGAGGGAGACCAUUUGGCUGGCUGUUGCAGCUAGGCCUCCCAAGAUACAACAUAGGUGAAGGUUGUAGAUCCAGGGUCUGACCCUCAGACUGAGAAACCAUCUCCCACUAAAUGAAACUUGUAAGACUUGGAGAUUCCCACAUUAGAAUGUGAAUGUGUUCAUCUAUAGUGCUAAGUCUGCUUAGGGUAAACAAUUAGGAAACUGGAAGUUUCUUGGUGAACUUGGAUAAGAGUAAAGGAAGGUUGAAAAUUUGGGGGAGUAUUUCAUCUGGGCUGGGGUAAGGCUUAGAGAACUUUUCUUGCUUCAUCAUUAGUUACAAUGCUUAUGUCUGCCAAAAUCUUUCCUAGCCCAUAGAGGUGCCCUGAUAUUUUACUUUCUCUAGCCUUUUGAAGUUCUUUGUAGAAUAUUUGCUUUUGUUAUGACAGUUAUAUCCUACAACUUUCCGUAUUGUUACAUUUUCCUAUUUAUUCCUGGUGUAUAAAAGUGUAAAUAGUCUCCUCAGUAGCCCAUUUAUAAAUCCUCUUUCCGGGUAUGUUUCUUCAGCAGGUCUCAUGUUAUGCUGACUUACUGGUUUCAAAGUCAGAUGUCUUUCCAUUUGAGGGAUGAGACGCCCUAUUUGAGGCCUGUAGCACCUGGUGUUCUUAAGAAGAAAAUAUCUGAGUCACUGAUGUCAAAACCGAACUUUGAACCUUUAUUGUUGGUACUAAGUUAAUGUUAAUUGACCAAGAUUGCCUAUGGAGUGAUGGCAAUGAAAACAAAGCACUCGCAUAUUAGAGAAGUUAAAACCUUUAAUUGCCUGGUUUCUGAAAUAAUUUAUCCUUGUUUCUAACCACUGUUAACAGUGGGUGUACGGAACACUUUAAAAAUAUUUAACAUCAUCAUCUGUGCUUGUUUUUCCUACUAUGCUGAGGUACAGUGACUGUGUUGCCUUGGUGAUGUGGACUAAAUAUGUAUGUUUUCUCCUUCCCCUGGGUCUGAGGCCUCAGGUCAUGGUGUUAAUCAGGGGUGUCACUCUACACUGGGAGCCUGAUCAGUUUCUAAGCAUAAGGUCGUGCAGGAAAGCUAAUUCAAAGAGGUUAAACUAGCAUAUCAGCCUCUUUGUGCUGCGUUUAAAGGAAACUUAGUUUACCCACAUUCCUGAGAUUACGAAUACAGGGAGAGCCUGUUUUCUCUCAGGCAAUGUGUCUUCGGUUCAUUUUUUAGUUUCCAAAUUAAUUUUGUGUCAAGCCAGCCUACAAUCUUGCCAUUUCUGUGUAUAUGACAUCCUUAGUCAGCCAAGGUCAGUUCAACUCAAUGGACAUUUAUUGAAUAUUUGCUAGCUUCUAGGUGACGUGACACAAAGAUGAAUAAUACACAGGUGGCCCUUGCCCUUAAGGAGCUUCCAGUCUAGUGGGUAAAUUGACAUUUAAGAAAACCUGGGUAAUGGUUACAGCCCAAUACCAAUUUAUAAAGCCACUGGGAAGUUACUAAUACUUUUCCAAUUUCAGUCACUAAAAUUUGCAAAUUACACAUGAGCUAAAUAUAAAAAUAUUGCUUAGAUUGUAUCCAAUGUGAGAAGGUUAAAAAAAUCCAGAUGUCUUGGAGUUGCAAGGAUUGAGCAUUCCAACUCAAAGGUUGUCCCAUUGUGCAAUAAUAUAAAGGCCUGUUCAGCCCUCUUCUAGCAGACUAUUAUAGUGGUUUGGUGGUGUUUUGUUGGCAGCUGCAUUUUUCCUUUUCUUGUUCUUUUUUUUUUUUGUGAAUGUUCUGGACCCAAAACAGGCAGCUGGAUUUAUCCCAGGGGUAGUCAUGAACAUUUCCAAUAUGAGAUUUGAUAGUCCCCAAACAGAAGGUCAUAUGGCAUUUGUCAAAUAAUGAUUAUAUCUAGCCAAGUUCCUCCUCUGCAUACAAAUCAGCUACUGAGGAUACAGUAUUUCUAAGCAUAGUGCUUCAGAAGAUAAAAGAAUGACAAAUGACUCAAUUUGCAGAUGUGUUUCAUUACAGUAAAAUAUUUCACUUUUUUGUUGUGAGAAUAUUAAUCAUGUAGCAAUUAUAUAUUAAUGGGAAUAUGAAAUGAAUGUAUACCCAAACAAAAUAUAGUAAAUAUUUUUAACUUUGUUUAUCUAGGUUCCUUAAUUUUGAGAAUAUGUCUCUCAAGGCUCUUCAGGAGACUCAAAAUGUUCCAAUUUCUAAAGGAGUAUCCACUAAACCUGAUUUAUAAUGAAAGGAAAAAAAUGAAAAUGCAUGCAUCCUGUGUCACUAUAACCAUCACUUCUGAGGUCUCAAGCAAUCAGAAGCUUACUCAAGCUAUAACCUGUAAGAAUUAGGCCACUGAAAUAUAUUUGGAAAGCCCUUCAGAACACUUGUGUUUAGUAUGUUGUUAAUUGUAUUUAGAUUAAAUAUAAUUGUAUUCUUAAUAUCUCAGUCUCUCAGCAACAGUUCCUAAAGAAAUCCUGUCUUUCAACAUGGAGACUGAUGCGUGUAAAUGUAUAUUUUGCAUGAUGUUUUUAUACUUUUGUAUGUAUACUUUAUUAUGCUUUUUGUAGCAGGUAAAAGAAUGACUACCUAUAAUGAACUAUAACACUACUUUGUUUCAUAUUAUAUUAAAACUAAUUAAGUACUUGUAAAGGACUGGAACUCUAUCAGAACAGGAAUGAAUGAAUGUGAUUGAGAACCAGUUUUUAAAUCUAUAUUGACACUAUUAGACAGGUAGGUUGGUUGGGUUGAUUGGUUGAUUGGUUUAAAAGGUUGGCCUCUUGGAGAAUAUAAUUUAUGUAUGGAUAAAUAUACAGGAGAUGAUUUGCUGGAAUUCUCCUGGUAAUAUCAUGUUCAUUAGAACAGGUCAUGGGGAGGAAAAAUAGAUGAAAACAUCCAAACUAAUUAGUACUAUUAAUAUUUGCCUCUUGGAGUGAAAAAUGAAAGGACACCAAAUUUUAUCCUUGAAUACUUUGAGAAAUAAAAGAUUAAUUAGUGAAAUAAUUUCUAAUUAAGGGGUGCCUGGGUGGCUUAGUCAGUUGGGCGUCUGACUCUUGAUUUUGGCUCAGGUCAUGGUCCCAGGGUCAUGGGAUCGAGCCCUAUGUUGGGCUCUGUGCUGAGCAUGGAGCCUGCUUAAGAUUUUUUGUCUCUCUCUCUCCCCCCCACCCACCGCCUCCCUCCCUCUCUCUCUCUCUCUCUCUUCCCCUUCCCCACUCAUGUGUGUGCACUCUCUAAAAUUAAAAAAAUUUUUUUCUAAUCAAAACCCCAGUUGUUGGGAUGCCUGGGUGGCUCAGUCGGUUAAGCGUCUGACUUCAGCUCAGGUCAUGAUCUCAUGGUUUGUGAGUUCGAGCCCCACAUCAGGCGCUGUGCUGACAGCUCAGAGCCUGGAGCCUGCUUCAGAUUCUGUGUCUCAUUCUCUCUGCCCCUCCCCGACUUGUGCCCUGUCUCUAUCAAAAAUAAAUAAAUAUAAAAACAAACAAACAAAAAAA